AUGGUGACCAGUAGACUGGCCUUUGUUUACAGUGCACAAAUGUCAACAUGGUUGCACAGCGCAUACGCACUCUGUACUCUUAUCACGAUGCCGGCAGCGAGUGCGCUGUCAAACGCGUUUGGACGAAAGCCAGUAUUGAUUACACUCAACAUGUUGUUUCUGAUUGGGUCAUUGGGAUGUGGCUUUGCACGAUCGUUUGAGCACGUUGUUGUAGCCCGAGCAAUCGCAGGCUUCGGAGGAGGUGGGAUCGCCCUGAUGGGUAACAUCAUUCUCCAUGAUAUUGUAUCUCGAGAUCAACUGGGAUCCUAUCUAGCCUACCUCAGCAUGUGUUCAAUGCUCGGGUUCGGCCUUGGUGCACCCAUCGGCGGAUUUAUUACCGACUACUUUGGAUGGCGUUAUUGCUUUAAGAUCAACAUUCUACCAAUGACGCUCAUCCUUUGCAUAUACACUUUUCGAUUGAGAAACUACAGCGUAUCUCAAAAUCAAAAGGCUGUUUUGACGACAAGGGAAAAGCUGAAAACUGUUGAUUUCGGUGGAAUAUUAUUGCUUUCCGGAGCGAACACAUCCUUGACCUGCGCACUUUGGUUUGGUGGAACCUCUUACAGUUGGUGUAGCCCUCAAAUUAUCCUGGCACUAGUUUCAACACUGAUUGGGUAUAUACUGUUCUUGAUCCAUGAGCGGCGAUGGGCAGUGUAUCCUUUGUUGUCACGCGUGGCAUCACGCGACCGCAAUUUCACAACAUCGUGCGUCUGUAUCUUCUUACCGGCAGCAUGCGAAGGAGCAGCCCUUACUGUUCUACCGCAAUUUCUCAUGGCAAGUAUACCUGGUGUGCUACAUUUCAAAACCUCCAAAGCUGGUUUGUGGGUUAUGAUGAACGCAGCAUCUGUUCCCGUUGGGACAUUUAUAGCCGGACGCUACAUGCACUAUACUGGCAGGUUCAAGCGCUUUGUAAGUGUGGCCAUGACAUCUUAUAUUAUAGCGGUUGCCAUAUUCUAUAAUUGGGCCGGCGGUAAUGUUUCCAAAAACCUGGGUACCAUGGGGAUCGUUUUGGAAGGCGCUUCGUAUGGAUGUAUCAGUGUUUGCAUUAUCGUCGCCUGUACGAGCACUUUAUCCAAAGAGUUGGCUGCUACAUCUUUGUCAAUUUGCACACUAGUACGUUUCGUGGGGUAUCUAAUAGGCGCGGCGGUCGUAUCUUCAAUUGUUCAAUAUACUUUAAUAACAGAGCUGCCAACCCGAAUUGAAGGUGAAGAUGCAGAGAAGGUAUACCUACAGAUGACGACGGAUCUUAACGUAGAAAGCUAA